CUACUUGGAAAUGACAGACGGGACUCAGUUGCCCACCAUAGGGAUUGAAAUAGAAAUCUGAGCCGAGCACUUAGCGUCAACAUACACAUACCCAUACUCAACCCAUGACGUUCCGCCUAGCUUCUUAUAGGUCCGGAGUGGCACUUUCUGACUUCCCUACCUGCGAUUUCCUCUUUGGAAGGUUCCUGGUCUCGAGGCUCUAUCACCCAUGCCUUAUUCUGCCUCCAUUCGAAAUCCACGGCAGGCGUUUGUGCGUAGCCCCAAAUCGCAUAAAUGAAAAUGGAUUCCCCCAGUUUGUUAUGCUUAGCUCCCUUACCGAUUCCGUGUUCAACACCGCAACCCGCCUUCUCCCGCAGCCAUCAUGUCGCAGAGACCCUAUAUCAAUGACAACAAUGCGCCACCAAGCCGAGAGAAGGCCGACAACGGAAACUCUGCCCGACAUGCGAGCUCUGUUUUCGCUUCUGCACCGCAGGCACCUUCAUCGCCUAAUCAGCCAGUCCCAAGCCUUCUGACGUCUUUUGCUGUAUUUGACCCUUUCGCGAGCCCGGCUGCAGCGGCUGCCCAUCCUGGUCUGCUGGAGUACCAGACCGCCAACUGGAAUACCGCGACGACGGCUUCCGCGCACGGCACCCAGUCAGCAGGGUACAUGGGCAACCCCCUUGAGCAGCCUCUGAUGCAAACCGGCCAUGUGUAUCAUGCGAUCCAGCAACUCUCCAUUGGCGACGAUACGGUACCAAUCGGAGUCACCCCGGAGGGCACUCUCAUAUGCCUCUGGCCGAACUGUUCCCAUCGCAGCAGCUUUAGGCGCAAAGGUUGCAUCAAGCGCCAUACCAUAACGCAACAUAUCUUGCCUGGGGCUCACUGGUGCCAGUCGUGCGGAAAGAUGUUCAAUAGAUCGGAUAAUCUGCUGUCCCAUUGUCGCCGAAAGCAUCCCGAGAGCGCAUAGCCGCCACUUGUCUGCCGUUCCAUGCCUGUCGACGGGCUCGGUCCAUGGUCAUGCGAAGGAAAAGAAGGGCUGGUUGCUUUCGGUCCGGCAAUUUGUAUCUUAAAAUCGAGUAUCGUUAGCAACAAGAAAUCUCCGCUCAGCGCUGUCAUUACGUGUGAUUGCUUCCCGAAACAGCUCCCAACACAAAGCAGUCUUGGUCCUUAAACCUAGAAAAAUACACUACAAUUGUGUCCCGUAGGGCUUACCACAAGCACUGAGCCUGCCC